GAGGCAUUGAACACUUUUCUAGCCUAACUCUCUGAGAAAUUCACCAACUACGUAGUCUGAGCUAAGACUCCACCCUCCAACCUUAAUUAAAGAAAACAGGUUUUGUUUUUGUCAACAUUUUCAUUGAAUUUCAAGACCUUAAUGUGUUGUCCCCCUCAUCAUCACCACCCACAUUUAUACACCACCUAGGUUUGCUCUCUUCUCCCUUCUCCAUACUCCUUCAUUUCUCAUUGGUUUAAUGGUCUUUGAAUCUGCUUUUAAUUCUCUCCUCAGCCAUCAUUGAUUCAAAGCUAGUUUUUUCUCUCAAUUUGAUAAUAACAACCAUGUACUUGUUUCAUUAACUUUGUUCACCCAUCUUCAAUUGGAUAACAACCAUAGCCUACCUCAAAUAGAUUUUCCAAGAAGGUGCUAUUUAUUUUGUCUCUAAUCCCUUACAUUGCCGAGUUCUUCUAUUCAUGUCUGGUGUUCAUAUUCAAGAUCCAAGGGAACCAAUUUGUCUGCAUUUUUAUCUGUAAUAUCUGGUAUGGAUCUUGUAAGCAGAAGAUACUUGAUUUAUGCUUCACAACAUGGGCCACAACCACAAGCACUUUCACCAAUCACAAGUCCAGGGAGUUCAAUCUUUCAUCCUCACCAGCAUUCUUCUAGCACCAGUUUUCCCAUCAUUGCAAUUGCCAUAAUAGGAAUAAUGGCCACGGCUUUCUUGCUUGUGAGCUACUACAUCUUUGUGAUCAAGUGCUGCCUCAAUUGGCACCGAAUUGAUGUUCUAAGACGUUUCUCUCCAUCUAGAAGGCGUGAAGAUCCACCACCAACAUACUCACCAGGCACAGAUACUCGUGGACUAGAUGAGGCACUGAUCCGGUUAAUCCCAGUGAUUCAAUACAAAGCACAAGGGGAUAAUAGAGACUUAGAAGAGAGAAGAUUCUGUGAAUGUGCUGUUUGCUUGAAUGAGUUUCAAGAAGAUGAGAAGCUCAGGAUUAUACCAAAUUGCUGCCAUGUGUUUCACAUUGAUUGCAUAGAUGUUUGGCUUCAGAGCAAUGCCAAUUGCCCUCUUUGUAGAACAACCAUUUCCUUGACAAGCAGAUUCCACAUUGAUCAGCUUCUCAACCUAAGGCCUUCUUCUUCUUAUCCUCAUGAUCAAACCCCACCUAGGGAAAACCUCAUUGGUGGUGAUGAAGAUUUUGUUGUGAUUGAAUUGGGUAGUGAUCAUGAUAGAAGCCAAAAUUUGCAAGAAAGAGGCAAUGCUUUGGAGUUACCAACAUGUCCUAUUAGUCCUUCUUCACCAAGGAAGCUAUUGGAACAUAGAAAUGUGCAGAAGAAGAAAACAAUGAAACUGCAGAAAGUGACAAGCAUGGGGGAUGAGUGUAUUGAUAUUAGAGCCAAAGAUGACCAGUUCUCAGUGCAACCAAUAAGGAGGUCUUUCUCCAUGGACUCAUCAGGGGAUAGACAGUUCUAUUUAGCAGUUCAAGAAGCUCUGAGGCAUCAGAACAGGCAAGUCAAUGAGGUCAACUCCAUUGAAGGUUGCAGUGGUAGUGGUAGUAGAGCCAAGAGGUCAUUCUUUUCCUUUGGACAUGGAAGUAGAUCCAGGAGUUCUGUGCAACCUGUUUCUUUGGACCCCUAAAAUUUCUCCUUUGUCCCUCUUCCCCUCUUUCCAUUAUGUUUGCAACGUGCAAGUUUCUUAAGUCUUUACUUUUUUUAUUUUAUUAUUCUUUUGGUGAGAUAGAGAUGUUGCUAUGUUAGAUGUAUGAACAGGUCAUAGGAUUGUAUGACAAACAAACAUUCAAUUGGAUUUAAUUUUUAACUUAAAACCAUUAUUUCUGUAUUAUGUAUGUUUCUGAGUGUGUAUAAAAAUUAUGGCAUGGUGUUUUGA